AUGGACAGCGUUCCAGCUGCAAGAGGCGGAACCUGCAGGUGGCUUACCCUUGGAGCAGGUCGUUUCCCUCUACCCGGUCAUACCAACCGCUGGCGGAAAUUUCACCGGAUAGGUUACUGCCUCCCCGGCAUCUGGUCGUGGGCCGCGGUUGUUCUGAUCUCGGGUAUCGCCGCCUUUACAGCUACGCUGACCUUCCUCGCUCUCAUCGAUAAUGCAGUCAUGGAGACCACCGCAUUGCUCACGAAGCAACCAGCCGUGUUAUCUUCCAUGGUGAUACCAGAAAUGCCGAGCCCGGACAUGAUACCCUUGGAAACACUGACACUGAAUGAUACGGACACUCCUAUAAAAAGGAGUUGAAUGUAUUUAUAUUUUUUUCUUUAUCGCGCAUUCCAAAAAGACA